AACUUUUUCUUUUUCUUCUAUUCGCUGCGAUCGUCUCCCCCCUCUCUGUGUUGUAUUCAGUUUUUGCUUGGACCGUACUCAACAACUUCACUGCAAGCUCUCCUGCAACUUUCGCAAUCUCUCCCAGGUCUUCAUGCUUUCCAAAUUCUCUAAACCCUCUAAAAGGGUUCUUGAGGGUCUUCUCGACCUCAGGAUCAGACUCCAUUUCAGUCAUCAUCCGGUCAGCUCCUCCAAUGCCCGCCCUCUUCUUCGAGAUCCAAUCAUCAGAAAUUCCUUCUCGUCUUCCUCCUUCCAAUCGAAAUUCUCUUCAAAUCCUGGUCUGUCCCAAAUCCUCUAUGCUCCCAAGGUCGCUGCUGGGAAUUCUUCCGUUGCCACUAAAUUGAAUGCCUAUCGUUCUGCUUCUAGGUUUAGAUUCUUCUCUGUUAAGACUCCAGGUUUCGGGGGUCAAAUCAAUGGUAAUUUUGCUAAGAAGGUCCUUGAUAAGCCCACUGCGGCUGUUCGUUCCGCAUUUUCGCGGUACCGCGAAGCCAUAGGGUUGCAAAUUGAGGCUUUCUUCAGGAGAAAUUAUCUAGUUCUACUCGGGUUUGGAGCAGCUUUAGUUUGUGCAUUGCUCUGGAGGAUUAUGUUCGGUGUUGCGAACACCUUUGUUGGCCUCUCUGAAGGCAUGGCCAAGUAUGGAUUUCUCGCUUUAUCUUCAGCAAUCGUUGCUUUUGCUGGCCUCUAUAUGCGUUCUAGAUUCACAAUUAAUCCUGAUAGAGUUUAUAGAAUGGCCAUGAGAAAGCUCAAUACGUCAGCAGGAAUUCUUGAGGUUAUGGGUGCCCCUCUUACAGGAUCAGACUUGAGAGCUUAUGUUAUGUCAGGAGGAGGGUUAACUCUGAAGAACUUCACGCCAAAUCGUCGGAGCAAGCGGUGCUUUCUUAUUUUUCCCAUUAGAGGCUCUGAAAGGAAGGGUCUAGUCAGUGUUGAAGUCAAAAAGAAGAAGGGCCAGUAUGAUAUGAAGCUACUGGCAGUUGACAUUCCCAUGGCAUCAGGACCCGACCAGCGGUUAUACCUGAUUGGAAACGAAGAAGAAUACAAAAUAGGUGGUGGGUUGAUUUCUGAACUAAGGGACCCUGUUGUAAAAGCCAUGGCUGCUACCAAGGAAUUUGAUGAUCUUGACCAAAUAGAGGAAAAGGAGGAUGCAGAGAGAGAACUUCAGGAGGCAGAGAAAAAGCAGCAAGAAGAGAUCGAAAAACUCGAGAAAGAACGAUAAGCUUUUCUUGUUCUUUCGAUCUUUCAAUCUUCCGUUGUCUUCAGAUCAAUUCUUUGGAGCUGUUUCGAGUUUCCAGCCUCAUCUUAGAACAAUCUAACUUGGUGUUAUUAACCCCAAAUCUGUAUCUUUUUGGAAAAUUUCAAGGUUCGCUGCGCAAGAAUUCGUUGAAUUCUGAGUUUUCAGAAGGAUCCUAGCGGGAAGUCAGUUGAAUAAAGCUUGCACAGCAUAUUGUCUUGCCUC